AUGGCUGCAGCAACGGAGAGUGUGUUGGACCUCAAUAAGCGGUGGUACGAGCGGCCACUGCCGUUGCGCUCCUGUAGCUUAAAGGAGGUCGCAAACAGUGUGGUGACAAAGGAUGAGAUGGAUGCGAUGUUCCGUGAGGCACAGGAGGCUCUUGAUGCUGAAACGGCGCAGAGUCAAACAGACAAAGGACGCUGGUACAAUUCCCAGUUUAUUUUGCGUGGAACAACCGCGGACAAGAUUGCCUCUGCUGCAGUGAAGCUGAGCGACGUGGAUUUCAUGUUUUUCUUGGACGGCUUUAACCUUCUCUUUGACACUGCACGCACCGACACGCACCACUACGAGGCAGCUCUCAAAGCCCUUGCUGUGGUAUGGCCCAAACUUUUGCCUCAUCGUCCACUGAAGCGCUUUGUAACGCAGUUUUUCACGACUCUUCCGACAGAUGCAAAGGGACGGAAGACAGUACUGGUGUACUGGUACAUUGAGGACUACUUAAAGCGUACCUACGCCCAGUUUCUUUCGCUUGCAGAGGCCAUGCUGAAGGACAGACUGCAGAAGCGACGAGAGGCGUGGCUGGAUGUUGUAGGGAAACUUAUGUGUAGUAUUGCAGAGGGCCGACAUGUGGCGAUGGCGCUGAUUGUGGAUAAACUUGGUGAUCCCGCCUCUUGUGUGGCACACAAGGCAUACCAUCAUCUGCUUUCCCUUCUAAGGGAGUCUUCUACCCACCAGACGAUGUUGUUUGUGGAGUUGGAAAAGGUCAUAUUUAUGCAUAACUGCCCUGUUUCUACGAUGAAGUAUGCCGCCAAUGUUAUGAAUCAGUUUGUGUACACCAAGGAUGAGCGGAAGCUUGCCCUGAAGAGUGUUCAAACGUAUCUUGCUCUCUUUCGUCAACUUGUGAGGAACGCCUCUGUGGAUCUUUCCGUGACAACCGCCAUUCUCGUUGGUUUACGUCGUGCUUUUCCUUACGCUGGGACAGACAUUGCACCACUCGAAGAGCAUUUGAGUGCGCUUUUUGUGCUUGCCAACACGGGUAAUUUUGUACAGCGUGUGGCGACUCUGUCGCUACUGCAGCUUAUAGCCCAUGCAAAGGGUGCAACGGUGGAGUUUCAGAAUCGUUGGUAUCGGACGCUGUAUAAUUUAUUGUUAAUCUCACCGAAGCAGCUCUCACACUCUACACAAAUGACUGGCUUCUUUUCGAUGCUGCACAAGGCGCUGCGUAUGGACAAGAAUGAGGAGCGAUUGGCAGCCUUUGCGCACCGACUGAUACAGCGAUCGUUGUACUUUGACGAGUCUGUGGUGUGCGCUAUCCUGCUUCUUGUGGGUGAGAUGUUCCAGGCGCAUCCACGUCUGCGCGCGCUGGUUCUGGGGGCGCAUAAAAAGUCCUUAGGUGCUGAGACGGAGCGUUACGAUGUACGCUGCCGUGAACCGCAGUUUGCACGCGCCAAAAAGGAAUCCCUGUGGACUCUUGGUACACUUGCCCGACACUCUCAUCCGUCGGUUGUGAAACUGGCAGUGAUGUUGAUGUUCAAUGAGGACGUUGUCUUUGAUAGCCACCCGUUAGAUGAGCUGACAUUGCCUAACUUUCUCACAAUGUUUGUUGACGCCCGGGCACAGCCAAAGACGGAGGAGGUUAGCACAGGGAUGUCGGUAUUCAGUCGUGUGGUGCAAUCCCCUAAUAUUCCUAGUGCCUCGGACCCAUACUUUAUCAAUGCAAGUGCGCAGCAGGUGGAUGUAUCUGCGCUUUUUAUGCACCGCUACGCCGUUCAACGCCAGCGAUUUAUUGACGGAUUGUCGCAGGUUCGCUCUACGUGGGGUGACGCCAGUGGGGAGGCGGAUGUGGCGCUGCGUGUGAAGAACGUUGACGCCUCGCUCUUUGGGCCCUCUGGCAUCCUAGGGGAGGCCAUAGCGACGGUGAGCGGAGGCGCCAGAGGCGACGAUGCCAAGGUGGAGAAGAAGACACGGUCCAAAAAGGAGAAAUUGCACGCCUCGAAGGCAAUGGAGUUGAAUGAGGAUGUGGUGAGCGACGACAGUGACGGAGGUGACAAAGACAGCCAAGGCAAUGACGACGACGACUUUGAUGUUGUCGGAAGUGAGGGCGACCUGGAGUGGGGCAGCAACGACGAGGCGGCGUACGAUGACCUGGACAAUGAGGAGGAGGAGGAGGAAGAAGACUGCAACGAGGAGGAUGAUGUCGUUGGUGAAAUAACGCUGGGUGGCAAGAGGGCCUCGGAUGACCUGGACGGUGGCGAUCUCGCCGAACUGCUCGAGUCGAACCGCAAAGGCAUGUCAAAGAAACGGCGGCGUGCAGAAGAGUGGCUUGACCGUGCCACAUCUGCGUCUGCGUCGCCGCCGUCGCAGCGAACGCGCUCUUACCGCCCCCGCGCAAGGUGA